AUGGCUUCAGCGGCCCUAGCCACUGCUGCUGAUACCUCCGCCUUCAGCGUGCGAUCUCUUUAUCGCUCGAUGCUGAGACAGUCAAGCCAAUUCGCAAAUUACAAUUUCAGAACUUAUGCGAGGAGGAGGACGCGGGAUGCAUUUCAUGAGCAUCAGCGGGAGCAGGAUCCCAGGCGGAUACAGGAAUUGGUGCAGACGGGCUUGAAGGAGUUGCAGGUUAUGAAGAGGCAGACAGUAAUAUCACAAUUCUUCCAAAUCGACCGCUUAGUUGUGGAAGGCGGCAAAUCCGGGAAAGAGACAGGAACAGGUGGUGAGAUAGUACGCCAGAAGGAUACUGGGUUUGUUUCCCAUCUCACCAAUCUGUUUGAAAUCUACUAA